AUGUCAAUAGGAUUAGUGAUUCUUUUACUUAUACGUGCGGUUAAUGCGCUAAAUAAAAAUGGGUUAUUUGAAUUGAACAUUAUUCAUUACAAUGACUUCCAUGCACAUUUUGACGAAAUCCUGCCAAAUGGUGCUCCAUGUAACCAACCAUCAGGAGACUGCAUCGGAGGCUUCUCGCGUCUUUAUACCGCCAUCAGGCAGGUGAUGGAAGACGAACCUGACUCGUUGUUACUCAAUGGCGGAGACGUCUUUCAAGGCACUAUCUGGUAUAACUUCUUGCGAUGGAACGUCACUCAACAUUUCAUGAAUAUGUUGCCGCAUGAUGCUCAUGUACUCGGAAAUCAUGAAUUCGACCACAACAUUGACGGACUACUGCCUUACUUGGAAAGACUCGAGUCUCCCAUGUUGGGCGCCAACGUGAACACGACCUUCGAGCCUAAGAUGGCUCGUUACGUGAAGAACCACAUCAUUGUGCAGCGGAACGGCCGCAAGAUAGGCAUCAUUGGUGUAAUGUUGCGAACGUUUUCAGCUCCAAAAAGACAUAUAAUAAUGGAAGAUGAGUUAGAAGCGAUCAAUAGAGAAGCGAACUUACUGACUGCACAGGGAGUGGACAUCAUCAUAGUGCUGUCCCACGUGGGUUACGACUCAGAUAUGUCACUAGCAGAACGUAUGUCUUCAAAUGUGGACAUCAUAGUGGGAGGACACUCGCACACUCUACUGUACAAUGGAGAUGCUCCAGACGACUUGCGGCCCGCUGGCAAUUAUCCUACCGUUGUAACACAAGCUAAUGGACACAAGAUACCAAUCGUGCAGGCAGCAGCUCACACCCGGUACUUGGGCAACAUUAAGUUGUUUAUUGACGAAGCCGGUAAAGUGGUAUCUUGGCAGGGACAGCCGAUAUACCUCGGAACUUCUAUCGUGAAAGAUCCGUACGUAGAGUCAGAGUUAGAGCCGUUUAGGCAGGCUGUGCAAGCGGUAGGCAAGGAGGUUCUGGGUCGUACGCUUAUAACACUGCGGGCCGACUGCAACCAAGGCGAGUGUAACGCGGGCAGCUGGGCCUGCGACGGACUUAUCGACGAGGCGGUGCAGUACGCGGAGGCGGGCGCUUGGAGCGCUGUCAACGUAUGCAUGAUGAAUGCGGGCGGCGUGCGCACUCAUCUGCAUCCCGGAGAAAUAACAACCGAGGCACUGUUGAUGGUCUUUCCGUACGAGAAUUACAUGCAAAUGUUCGACCUUAAAGGAGAAUAUCUCUUAGAAGCUCUGGAACACUCAGUAGGAGUGCCACAGAGCAACGCUACGAACUUCUUCAGCUCGCGUCUAUUACAGAUAGGAGGUCUGCGCAUGGUGGUGAACGCCACCGCGCCGGCGGGGUCGCGCGUGUCGGCGGCGGUGCGCUGCGUGCGCUGCGCCGUGCCGCGCUACGAGCCUCUGCGGCCGGACGCCGUGUACCGCGUGCUCACGAUAAGUUAUAUCGGCGACGGUGGGGGCGGGUACACGAUGAUAUCACAGAAUAAAGUAAAUCAAGUGACCCUAGAUUUAGACUAUGUGAUGCUGCAGCAGUACAUGCGUCGACACCGGACUUUUUUCAAAGACUUGGACGGACGCAUUCAAAUCGUAUAUUGAUCCUAAUAACUAUUUUCCUAUAAUCAAAAGGGAAGCAAUUUUGAAGUUUUAAAAUGGAUUCUUAGUUGGAAGAAAAUAAAGACAACCUAGAAUAAAUGUCAUUCAUAAAUAGUAAGGAAAUAUAUAAAAUUCUUAGAAAA